AUGACUUUCAAAUUCAAGGCUCUCGUAUUCGAUCUCGGUGGUGCCCUCAUAGACUGGGAUCACAAUGUCAUGAACUCUCUGGCACCAAACCAAUUUUCUACCAUCAUGAACUCCACGGCCUGGCACCGGCUAGAGAGAGGUACCAUCCAUGUGGAUGAAGCUUGCAAGGAGUUUGCCAAAAUGAUUGGUACAACCCCUGAUGUCGUCAAGAAUUCUCUCAACGAAUCACAGUUGUCUCUAAAGGUCAAUACUCAACUAGUGGAAACUAUCCAAGAUCUGAAAAGAUCAGCUCCCGACCUCAAGCUCUACGUCAUGUCCAAUAUUUCACGUGAACAUUUUGAGAUCACACUGGGCUUAGAUCUGCCUUGGGCCUUGUUUGAGAGGUGCUUUGCGUCGGGCAUUGUGGGCAUGCGAAAACCUGAUCUAUGCUUUUUUGAUCACGUCAUCAAAGAAAUCGGGCUUCUUCCCAACGAGAUAAUCAUGAUUGAUGACACCACCGAGAAUAUUUGCUCCGCUCGAUCCCGGGGCAUGCACGGGAUCCUGGUGAAUCAGUCACUGAAGAGCGUCGGUGGUGCCUUGAGAAACCUGCUCGAGGACCCGCUUGAACGAGGAGAGACGUUUCUCAAGAUGAAUGCCAAGAAUCACCAUUGCGUCUUUGAGGGCCACGAAGAAAUGGUUCUCAAGGAUAACUUUGCCCAGCACAUGAUUUGGGAACUGACAGGCGAUGAGGAUAUCAUCUACCUCAGAUGGCCUGAUGGGAGGACUCUGGGAGUUGAUGUCCCACAGCCCAAGCCUUGCAAACCCAAGUUGAAUGGAAGCCGCCAAUCUGAUGGUGUUGAAAAUGACCGGCCGCUUCUCGAGUCCAAGGUGAAGAAUGGUCUCUGGAACUACUUCAUCGACGGACCUAUCCUGACAACUCAUCACUUUCCUCCUGAUGCCGAUACGACAGCUACAGCCUACCUGUCGAUGCCGGACCGUUACCUGUCUACUACUGUUGACGCAAAGUUGGUCAUGGACGUAAUGGCCCAGAACCUAGACCAAGAUGGGAUUAUGCAAGCCUACUUUGAUUCUGAGCGGCCACGUACCGUGCCCGAAGUCUGCUGCAAUAUUCUUCGCAUGUUUCAUCGCUUCGGCUACGGCGCACUUCCCGCGGCCGAAAAGACGGAAGACUAUGUUGUUAGUUGUCUCGACAACAAUGCUUGUUUGGAUGGAGCUAGACAUUAUACGGUGCCCGAGACCUUUCUCUACUUUGUAGCCCGGCUGUACACCGAAACCAGCUCAGAGAUGCUACGAGGACGACUGCACGGUAUCAAGGCACAACUAGAGGAUCGCUUGAACGAGCCUACCAACCCUCUGGCUCUUGCUCUCCGUCUUUUCACCUGUCAGAUUAUCGGAGUUGAGGCAAAAUUGUACAAGAGAGAUCUAGACAGACUAUUAGCCCUGCAAGACGAGGACGGUGGUUGGCCCGCGGGGCAUUUUUGCUGCUUGGGUCGGACAAGAGUACGUAUCGGCAAUCGAGGCCUCACGACGGCUCUGGCUGUGCGCAUUCUGAGGCACCAGAGGAUUUAA